CACCCUGGCUCCCGCGCCGCCGCGCCGCGCCGGGGGGGAAGAUGAGCUCGGGGGACGUCGUUUGCACUGGAUGGCUCAUUAAAUCGCCCCCCGAGAAGAAACUCAAGAGAUACGCAUGGCGGAAGCGCUGGUUCGUGCUGCGCAGAGGUCGCAUGAGUGGGAACCCAGAUGUGCUGGAGUACUACAGGAACAACCAUUCCAAAAAGCCCAUUCGGAUCAUCGACCUCAAUGAGUGCGAAGUGCUGAAGCACUCGGGGCCCAACUUCAUCAGGAAGGAAUUUCAGAACAACUUCGUCUUCAUUGUGAGAACCACCUACCGCACCUUCUACCUGGUAGCCAAAACUGAGGAGGAGAUGCAGAUCUGGGUGCACAACAUCAGCCAGAUCUGUAACUUUGGACACCUAGAAGAUGGCACAGGUUCGGUGGAGAGUCUGUCUCACACGACCUCGUCCCCGCAGCCAUCACCAGCCGCCUCCACCCACGCCUCCCACAUCGCCGAUCCCUCCUUCUCUGUUGAACACGCUGCUGCUGAUGUGUCUGCCGCAGAGGAGACCCCCAGCGAGUCAGAGUCUGUCUUCCUCCCCGACUACCUCUUCCUCUCCAACUGCGAGUCGGGCAAGCUCAGCCACAACAGGUGUGACAGCUGGUCAAAUUCAGACAGAUCUCUGGAGCAAACCUCAUCGGAUGAUGUUUUUGUUGACGCCUUGCAGUCCCAGCCCUCCUUGUACCUUGUACAGCCGUCCAGUGCUGGCACUGCACACCAGGACGGGGCCCUGUUGGCAAAUCCCAACGCUGUGUCCAGGAACAUAGACAUUAGUGGGCCACCCAGUGACUUUUCCUCUUCUUCUCCACUGCUGGGGACGCCGCUGACACCAACCUUGCAGAUUGACAAGACCCAGAAUGUGCUGCCCUACGGUGUAACCCACCUGGACAUCCUGUCCAACACACCCCCGCCACGGCCACCUAAGCCAACCCACUUCUCAGACAGGAGAGGGGAUGAGGUGGGUGGUGGGGCCCUCCAGAAUGGGCAUGCAGGGAUCUGCCGGGCUCAGGUUGCUCUGGUGCCCAGGAGGAUCUCCUUGUCCAGCUUAGACAACGUGAGGAACUGGAAAGCAGACAUGGAAGGCAGUUCCUUAAGAAGUCGGGAUAAGAGGCUUAGCUUGAAUUUGCCCUGUCGGUUCUCCCCGCUCUACUCAACUGCUUCGGACAGCACAGAGGACAGCUACGUGCCCAUGCGCCCCAGCACCUCUCCCUCUGCGCCAGGCUCCGACUGUUCGCCCGAUGGCUACAUCCCCAUGAGCCCCGGUUCAGCCACGUUUACCUUCCCUGUCGUCAGCACUGAAAAACUCACCAGCCCGUUACCUGAGCUUCCCUCAGACCUGGAGCCCCCUCCGGUGAACCGAGACCUCAAGCCUCGUAGGAAAUCACGGCCACCUCCUCUGGACUUGAGGAACCUUUCCACGAUCCGGGAGCAUGCUGCUGUGACCAGGAUGUGGACUGUGCCUUACAAUCGAAUGAGCUUUAUCUCACCAGAAAGAGACGGUAUUAAUUCAGCAAGAAUAUUUGCCAAUUCAGUUUCCGGAGAAGAGGAAGAAAGUUACAUUCAUAUGGAACACAGACAGGCAACAUCUCCAUACAGUGGUGCUUUUCCAUGGACAAGGAAAUCUAACCUUGAUUACUUAGCAUUGGAUUUUAAUUCUGCUUCCCCAUCCCCUGUACAGAAGAAACCUUUUCUCUCUGAGGAGCAGAGAGUGGACUAUGUCCAGGUAGAUGAACAGAAGACUCAAGCUUUACAGAACACUAAGUCUGACUCUGAGGUGAUGCUGUCAGAAACUCAAAACAGGACUAUGUACCGAUGGGACUGGAACGCAUGGUCUUUGACCCUCUGGACGACGGUCAUCGCAUUAAGCUUCUUCUCUCCAUUGUGGCUCAUACUUGUCGCCUUUCCGUCUGAUUCCUACUGA